CUUAGAUUCGUGUAAUUAGCUACCGUAUUUGUAAUGGCCAUCAAAGCUAUCCGAGCUCGAAAAUAGCGAUCAGUUUGAAGGAAAGGCCGCCAUCCGCAGACCUUCGUAUAUUUGGAGGCAGAGUAAGAUACAAGAGGUGCAGGAUCGGAAAGGCAUGGAAUUACUGCGGCUGUUUUACGGCAUUCAGUCUCCCUCGUUCUUCACUCAUUGUUGUUUUGGUGAGUUCAAAACGUGCUACGCACUCUUCGAUUACGCGAAUGAUACUGCGGCUUUAAGCUCAUCAGCUCAUUGUGAUCGUUGUAAUGAGGAUGCAUGGAGUCCUCUUUUUGCUUUCUGCUUGCUGUCUGAUUCGCAAUUCGUCAAAAUCUUCUAAGACCGACCUGUUGAUUAUUGAAUGGUACACCAUUUAAACUGCUAUUUUGGGACCGUCAUAGUCAUUUUACGAUCUAUGCGAAAUGCGUAUCUACUUGCACAGACUCGAUUUAUGUUUGUUGUGAUUUUCGUUUUUUAUUUUGUGCGGAAAUUAACGGUUACUCAAUGUAGCGAGCGAAACUGAAGUGGAAUUUUGCAAUCACAACGCAAUUAAAAUUCGCCACGCUUUGCUAAAUACGUCCUAUCAUGUGAAGAGUGUACGUGAUCAGGAGCGGUGAACUUUCAUUAGUGUGAUGGCACUGCGGUGUUUAUACUAAAGGUUUUAUUUCGCAACAACCUUUCAAAUUUUCGAAAGAAAUUUCUCCAUUGUAAGGUAGCCAGAAUACUCGAACUAAAUCGCUGUGAGAGAUUUGGAUUAAGCAAAACUCCCCGAACAUGAAUGAGCACAUAUGACACCGUGCAAGUUGACUAGACGUGAAAUGACCUCUGGAAUGCUUUAUUUAGCCACGUUGUCUUUUACUGUAGACACUUUAAAUGAUCUCGUGACCGCCCCUUUGCCUAUGCUUUGCUGCUGAGAUGAAUAGAGGUUUUCAAGUCUAGACGAAAAAAAUGUAGACGAGUUCAUCUUACCUUGUCAUCGACGACGGCCUUGAGAGCAAUUCGAUCAUAGCCUUGAGAAUUGCUUCGCAGAUAAUCCUUUUUAUUGAGUUGAUUACCUUGUCUUGAGAUUAAAAUUUACCUGUGAAGUUGCACCGACUACGUUUGAUAAGGUUCUCUCAAUACUGAAUUUGCUUCACCGGUCUAAUAAUUGAGUAACGUUCAGUUGGCAUUUGGUUAGCAGAAGUUGCAACGGUAAAAUAUUCCUCAUUCAAUUUGGUCAUUGUCAGUUGGUUCCAAUUGAAAAAAAAAAAAAGAUGGAGUUGUAAGAUACUUCCAACCGAGUGAAAGCUAAAAAUCAGAGUCAAAAGCAGAGUCAUAAGCUCAACAGAACCGUACUCAGAAGGAUCAAAACUGUUUCAUUUUCUUCCUAUUCCACUUAUGCCUCUGUCGCUUUUGAUCCAGUGAAAGAGAUUGUCAGUUGCAAGCAGAAAUGGAAAAACCAACCAAUCACAAUGCCAAUUCUCAGGCCCUUGCGGUACAUUCUUCCACUUGUGACUCUGACAACUCAGUUUUCACUGGAUUGUGAGCGACCGAGUUGUAAGUGGCAAAAUUAUUUUACUUCCAAUUUGGUCAGAUUGAUAUUCAUUAGAUCCUCUGGCUGUGUGCUUAUGAUUGAGACUCCAACUUCAACUCAGAGUUGAAAUGAGAUGAAAACCAGCCUUUAGAUUACCAAUCACUCUUCUAGACAGCUAUUGAAAAGUAUAACUUCUGUGAAUUAAGAAUACAGGAUUUUAGAGUAGCAAUUGGACUAUCAAAAAUUUGGCCAGAUUGCAAGAUUGUCCAGAUACUGAGAGUGGAAACUGAGAUGCUGCACGCAAAUUUUAGUGAAAUAACAUGGGUAUGUUUUUGAUAUUUUCAGAAUUCUUGUAUAUCUUUUCAAAAACCAAUGCAAACUUGUACAAAAAAUUUCUGGCAAGAUUCCUUACCCCUUAGAUACUUAAAAAAAAAAAGGCAGCAUUGUAUUUUCAUUUAGACUUUUUGGUUUGGUUUUCAAAGUACUUGUUACUGUAGUCUAAUGUUAUGUCUGAUGUAGACAUGAUGGUUAAUGUCAAAUGCAACAAUCAAACCUAUCUUUUUGGACACAACAUUUAGGGGAAACCCCAAUUCUAGGAGCAUAAACAGUAGUCCGUUUGGGAAAAAAUCCUCUUUUUAUUUACAACACCCCUGUGAAAGGGACACUUUUUGUAGACUAGAGUUUUCCCCCUGUGGAAAGGGUGGUGAAUAAUUCAAUCCAAAACUUGCUUAAAUGUGGUUACUUCUGUUUUAAAAGACAAGACUAAGGCUAAGAAUAUGAAAUAUGCAAUUCACUAUCUUACCUGUUGUACUUGCAUUGAAAUACUCUCUUCUGAGUUCAUUUUUACUUUAUAUCAGCUUCAAUAUGGCAGUAUUUUUAACAUCAGGGACUCUUCGUCUUUACCUUAUAGCAAAAAAAAGGAAAACUGAAAUGAUAGAAUUCUUUUUUCUUGACAAAAUGAAAGUUGAUGUAUUGGUUGUUUUGUGUGACUAAUGCAUAUCGCUCUCUUUUUUUGUGUUUCUAUUCCCAGUUUGUUUCUUUUUAUUGUGGCCACUCCUGGUUGCUGCAGAACGAUAUCCAGAACAUGGUAAGUUAUAUUGGGGUGAGCAGCUAUAUAUAUAUAUAUAUAUAGCAGCUUCAUUGACAUUAAGAACAUAUUGCACAUUAGGCAUUUACUUUAUAGCAUGUGCGAUGUCUAUCUGGCUGAUGUCUUUGGCAUGGAAUAUCAAUAAUUGGCAUAUACCACUCAACUGAAUAGUGCUUUUUACACCUGCUGAUUGGCUAGUUUAGAAGUAAAUAGCAACUAUUAUUCACCUCCAAGCAGCCUAUGAGAAAAAUCACAUUUAAUUACUACCAAUCAAGUUUAAUUGAAAGAACUAAUAAACCUAGUUUUUCUGGUAUCUGUGUGGUAUAUACUAAAACAAUUAUUCACCUCAGUGUUGGUGAAAGUAGUAGAUAUUGACCUUGCAGCUUAGUGGCUUGGUAAAUAUCCACCACUAUUCACCUCCACUCUGGUGAAUAAUUGUUAAAUAUCAUUCACUGGCAUGGAAUUUUAGUGCAUCCUGGGUUAUGCCUUGAAUAUAAUGAGCUAGGUUCCCUUGCUGAUUCCUGGUACACUCCUUAAACCUGUCUGAUUGAAGAUCAAUGGACAGCCUGAGAGUUAAGUGUCUUGGCUGGUAAAACAACACAAUCGAUGACUAGACUCCUUUUCUGUAUUUUACUUUGUAGCUAUUGGGAUACUUACAGUAGGGUCUCCCAUGGUGUUAAGAAUGCAAUUUUACUUAAUUAUGCUCAGAAACUUGUUGCAAAUUGCACUGGUGAUUAUAGGGAGAUAUGAUGCAAUCCUCAACCAAUCAGAGCACGCUAAUCUCUAUAAUUACUUGAGUAAUUAUGCUAAUUAUUGUUAGUGAUAUCUCUGGGUUCAGAUAGAGAAAUAAGAUUUUAAUUCAAACAAACUUUUGAAUUUAGUGGGUGCCACUGGGAAAUAUGACCUGCCAAAUUGACCAAUUAUAGUACACAUACCAACUGAGAGAUGUCAGUAAUAAAAUAGCAUUCAUAUUAAGUGUAUCUGUUGUUCAUGAUUUUAUGAGUUUCACAGUUGGGUUGCAAAACGAAACUUUAAAAAAAUGUGAGCUUGGAGAGCUAAUCAACAUCUCCUUUUUACAGAGUGUGGUGGAGACAUCUAUCUCAAUAAGACAACUUUCUCUCUCUCAUCACCGGAUUAUCCUAGUUCCUCACCUCGUGGCUCUGAAUGUUCAUGGAGGGUGAGCAAUCCAAGAGGGAUGGCAGUAGUUGUUCAAGCUAUUAAUCUUGAUUUUGGAUCAGAGAUAAAAGAUGACUGUGAAAAUGGCAGGCUAGAAAUUUUCAAUGGUUGUGGUUCUGAGCGGUUUCUGGUGGAAAAGAUUUGUCAAAGGCCUAAAACUGAGCCAGUUGGAAUCCUAUGGGUCUCAUCAGGGUCUUGUGUAACAAUAAAGUUCUCUUCAGGGAAGCGUAAAGGCAAUAAAUUUCGUCUAAGCAUGGCAGAGAGUGCAGGUAAAAUGACAUCAGUUUACUAUUUCCUUAGCACUGUUAAAAGUAUUCUGCUUUUUGUAAUUUGUGAAACAAAAUGAAACAGAGAUGAACUCAAAAUCUGGAAUUUGCUAAAUGAAAAUCUGUCACAUAUUCAAUCAAUUUUUAUUUAGACAUGAAAAAUUUUUUUCCCAAAACAUUGUAUAAUUUUAUUCAAUCGGUAAGAUUUGUUUGAGGCCUGUCAUCUUUGAGUGGAAUGAACAGCAACCAUUAAGUUAAAUUUUGUCAAUUAUGCCAACCAUCUCAUUAUUCUUUUUUCUUUUCUCAUUUUCAUAACUGAAUCAACGAAAACCUAACAAUGAACUGAAGUUCGAAGUCAAACCCCUAAAAUCCCUGGCAUGCUACAAUGUACAUGUAGUCAUUUCUUGAAAUGCCUCAUUCGUAUAUAUAUCUUUGUUUAACUGUGUGGUUAUUUAUUAUACAUUAUAUUUGUUUACUUCAACUGAUAUUUGCGACUGAGACCAAACUUUUUAUGACAAGAUUGUACAGUACAUGCACUUUGCAUUUUUUGUUUGACAACUUGUUUUCUUGCAGCCUCCUGUGGAGACAUAUUGAAAAAUGACAACAACAAGAACCAAACCUUUGAAGGCAGACUGCCUGCAAACCCUGGAGGAAGUAACAAGUGUGUAUGGAUCAUUGUUGUCCAGAGGGGCAUAAUUGAGUUGGCAUUCAAAGACAGAUUUCAAGUGACAAGCCUUGCCCAGGACUGUAAGGAGAAUUAUGUUCAAGUUCAAGAUGGUAGAUACAGGUACAAUACCAUGAAGUGUUCAGCUAUUAGGGCUGAGCUUUACACCAAAGAUAGAGUAGUUUUAGAUUGAGGGUCAAAAGUGAUUUGCAUGUCGGAUUGAACUGUUGUUAUUUUACCUUCGUGGUGACUGGAUGACACAACUUUGGCCUCUUCCUUAAAUUUUUUUUGCUAGAUAAACAAAACUUAAAUCACUUGCACUUUUUUCUUACCCACUCUCAUGAUUGUUUACACAUACAUCUAAUUACUGUAACCCUCUCCCUUCUAAAAGUGACUAUCAUCUUGUUUCUCUUUACAAUAUCAUCCCUGAUUCAAAAAUUAAGGUCAAAAAAGGAAAGAAAAGAUCACUUACUUAAAGAAGCUCUAGAUUGUUAAACAAAUUCUCCUUGACACCAUCAAAGGAAAUGUAGAGAGAACAGUAUGGAGAAUAUGCACAUUGAUGGUAGGGGUCAAAGGGUUCUGUGGGUUGUUAUUGAAUCCUUUUGAUAUGUACAUUCUGAUCAGCCAUUUUGAGUGCUGUGGUUUUAUUUGUUUUUUUUUUUGUAUGUGUAGCUGAUCAAAAAGUGUUUCUUCUGUAGUUACCUCCUCUUGUAAAUUUACUGAGCAUACAUGAAUCUAAAAUGUAUUUUGUGUUUGAGCAGUACUUCACCUGUCCUUGGAAGAUUUUGUGGAACAUCAAGGCCAUACCCUGUGUAUUCAUCAGGGCAAUACUUAAGAAUAACACUGCACGGAAGUAACACAGGGAUCACCUCUAAGCAUUCCUUCAAGGCACAGUACACUGUUGUAGACAGCACUCCAGCAUCCAAAACCAGUAUGUUGAAUUUCAUCCCAUCUUUGUCACUUUAUCUUUGGCAUAGUUGUUUAAUUUGCAGGUUUUGCUUUUAAAUUAAAACUUUCAGAAUAAGAUCAAGUCUAAUCAGAGUGUUGUAGCCCAUGAUACCUGGGUGUCUCCCUGUCAAUUUUCCUGAAACCACCCCAGUUUGUUGCUAUUUCUCUUUGAUGGGCCAAGGAGUGUUAAGUGUUUCUUGCUCUCAACUCUAUGGCGUGUAUCCUCCCUACCAUACCCCAGUGAUGUAUCUCGCCCCCCUCCCCUCUUUGUUGUCUUUCAGUACACCCCCUCUCCCCCAGCUGCCCUUAACUGCUUUAGUCAUACACAAAUUAAGAAGUUCAUUCUAUUGUUACUGCUUUCAUACCAGAUUACUGUGAUCAUGCUUUUUUUUUGGAUGCCAAUGAUGGAAGAUUUUCAACACCGCGAUACCUGGAACAAUAUCCCCCUGGUCUUAAUUGUAUAUGGAAAAUUGAGGUUGCCAGUAAGAACAAGAUUUUCCUCAGAUUUCAGUAAGAUUUAUUUUAUUGUGUGUAUUAGAUAGACAUGAGAGUCAUAAGAUUCUCAUUCUCAUUACUUACAAAAUGCUUUUGCCACAACUGAUGUUAGCAUUCUACAGUUCACUCUUAGGGAGGGGGGGGGGGAAGGAACAGUCAUUAUUUACUGCUGGGUGCGAAGGGGGAGGGUUAGGUUUGGUUAUUGCUAUGUUAGAAUUUAUCCAAUACCCUCAUAGGGCUCUGUGAUUGUAUGAUGCUCACACACACCAUUGGUAGUUAAUUUGCAGCCUAUUUUCUAUAGCCCCCCCCCUAUUUGUACUCUGUAGGUCAGGCCUGACAUCCCUCCAUUCCCCUUUGAAAUCCAUUUGAUUCCCCCUUCCGAAAUCCUCAAACCCUCUCUUUCCCCCCCUCCCUCCACAAGUUUGAACACCCAUAUUCUUGCGCUCUCACAAGGCGAAUUUGGAAAAACCUUCAGUUUUGGCCCUCAAUUAAUUAAAUGACUUGGUAAUUUCGGUGACUUUGAAUUUUUACAUUUUUCUUGCAAUGGGUGAUCCACUGUAAAUAGUUUUUGUGUUUUCGGAACCAUUCGAUUAAAUAGAAAAAGACGUGUGGUAAACUUUGUGUUAGCUAUAGGAAUGAAUAAUAAAAACAAUACCUUUUUAUUUUGUUCAGACUUUUGCAAAACUGAGUGUGUUAGAUAAUCCCAUAAAAGUGCAAAAUGAUAAGGUUCCUUCUCACAACAACUACAUUAAGCAACAGUUCCACUAAUAUUUUUGCGUGUUACUCAGUGAUCAAAAUAAAUUUGUCCCUGUUGUCUCAGCUAAUUCUGUUCGACAGAUUAGGAAGUCGCAGUUUUAUUUUAACAUAUUAGCAUUUCUCAAAAUUUCCUCUAACAGAAAGUGGUUCCUCUAUCAGUUGGGGUUUCUUCAAGUCAUGUUUAAUACCAAGCAUUUACUACGAUUUUUUAUCUGAAGCAUUUUCAACUAGCUGAUCUUUUCGACGCUGAUUUUCCCUUAGGGAGUUUGAUGUGGAAGGGGAUUCACAGGUAUGCCCAGAUGAUUCCGACUAUGCUAAAGUGUACAAUGGCUUGGCUAGCUGGUCCCCGGUGAUCGGCCGAUAUUGUGGCCGAGUCAUCCCGGCCACCAUCAAAUCGAAGACGAACAAGCUCCGAAUAGAGUUCCGAUCCAACAGUCAAUAUGCUGGCCGAGGGUUUGAUGCAGUCUACACUGUCCAGAGCGACGAAGCAGGUAUGGUGUAUCUUAGUGACAUUGGUGGAGCCUAGUCAAGUGUUAGGGCUGUUUGUGUGCGCUUUCCAAGAGGUUGAAAUAAACGUUAAUAUUUAAUGGUCUUGAUUUAUACAAUUAUGAGCUAACCCCCUUUUCCUUUAUCUGGUCUCUUUAAGAUUUCCUUGCCUGAUCUUCUCGGUUCGAAUCUUAGUGUAGUCGUUGUAAACUUGAUAAUGAUUUUGACGCUUUUUUAUUUCUAUAUAAGCCUAUAAACCAAUUUUUACAGACAAGUACCCUGAGGGCUAGAAUUGUAAAUAUCUAGGUUGCUAAAAUUCCUGUAGUGAUGUUAAAAAGAAAAGAGGAAAAAUGUUUGUGCAAGGGGACACUCGGAGUUGAACCAAGGACCUCUCGAUCUGCAGUCGAAUGCUCUACCACUGAGCUAUAUCCCCAUUGCGUGAAAGGGAAAUGGAAUUUUUCUUUUUUAAAACAACUAUUACGUGGCAGAAUACCAGGCGACAUAUUCUUUCACCAUGGAUACGAUAUCUUUAUUGGGGUCUCGAAUAUAAAAUAUUCGAAUUCGAUUACGACAUUAAAUGGAUAUCAUUAAAUGUGAAUUAUGCAAGAAAUUCACCGGCAGGUAAUAUUGGCUUUUCUGGUAGGCUACAAGCAUUUCGAAAUCGCAGUCGUGAAAUGAGAAAUAAGACUUUAAGUACUGAUUUUCUCGAGAGCCUUUUCUUCUGGUUUCGAUUCUCUUUUUUUGUUUUGGUUUGUUUUGUUUUCAUUUUUGUCCUCUAAGUGAGUGAUGUUACGAUUGAAUGUUUUUCUUUAUUUGUGAUUCACUGCUCGCUUUUCGCUGUCUUCACCCGCCUACGCCAUUUGACUCCUCUGAUGAAAUCCUAGCUUUGAAUAAUGACAAGAUCAUCGAGAUAAGAAAUAUCCCAGAUUUACACCAACUGGUUUACAGUGAUCAAAUGGAACCAAUUUUGAAAUAUCACCUUCAACCAUGAAAGCGGUGAUUGCAAAGGUCAUUUUCCCAUCUGGAAAUUUCAGAUGGAUUAAAAACGAAAAACAAUUUCACCAUCUUUCUAAUAUCCCUGACCAAUGAAUACUUCCGGUUUAGGCUAGUUCCAAAUACCAUUUCCGGUUGUAAAUUUUAGUAUGAGUGAAAGUCUUGAUCUUCUGUGAUGAGCCGUGGCUUCCUGACAAAUUAUUGGCUGGUGAACACUUUCGUUCCCAUCCUGUAAUUAAUUAAUUUAAAAGCGGCGAGCUUUUCAGAACGCGAUUUAAGUCGCGAAAAAUUCAAAAAUUCUUGUCGGGAUCUUGGGAUUUCAAUCCGAAAAAAGGAAACAUUUUAAUGGGGCUGUUCAUUUUAAUUUCGUUUUCAGUUAGAAGGAAACUUUCGAGUAAUGUUCAAGGUUUAUAAUUUUAUUUAACUACAUGUUACAAUAUAUGAGGAAACUUUUAACCUUGGUUUACGAUUGGUCGAAAUUUUUACCUUUUUUGAACCCAAAAUAUUUUGUUAUUGGUUGUUAUUUUAAUUUCCAUUAUUUUUUUAGUCAUUUCUUUGUUUUGCUUUUUCUUGUCCUAUUUUUAUGACCACUGCCUCCUGUGGAGGCGAAGCAGUAAUGUUGUUGUUGAGUGAGUGAGAGUUAAAAUAGAAUAGAAUACGAACGACUUCUUUGUCCACAACGAAGUCUGCCGAGUUUUACCCGAUAUGCCUCGCUCUUGGCUUUUGUUUGUUUCCGAACAUCUUCGGUUGUUCAACGUUUAAUGACUUCUUCGAAUCGCUUCGAAUGUUACGCGGCAUAUUAGCAGGUAAUCACACUGUUUUUCGGUGCUACUUAAUGGUUUUCUCGUAGUGUACUACAGGAGACGAUAAACAUUUCACAAUCACUUCAGAAUGGCACGUGAAAAAAAAGAAAGCGUUUGAAUGAUAUUGAAGAAAUAUCUUAAUACGUUUGAUCUGUACAUCGUGGAAACUUUGUAGAAAAAUUUAUAUAUUCGAAAAGAGAUCAUUUUACCAUUUCAAUCAGCGACAAAUGCUCAGAAGAGCCGUUAAAUUUGCGAAGCGAGGAAGGUCCAUAAUACGAUACGUUGAGUUCAACAGGGUGACGCCAUUCGAUGGAACGAUGGAAUGAUGGAAAGGCCUAAUAUUCUACAGCGCGGAAUGCCUUGUUGUAUGAAACAAAAGUCUCACAAAAAUGGAAUUGCAAUGUAUAAUUAACAGGCAAAUCAAAAUUAAAAGAAGGCUAGUUUAAUCAUUAUUGAAGCCUAGGGGUAGACGGACAGAGGAACAGUGAGGUUCUUGAGCGAGCCUCUAUAAGUUAUCAUUACUAUUACUUUUGUUAUCAUCAUCAUUAUUAUUAUUGUUAUUAUUAUUAUUAAUGUGAUUAUUUGUUACCAUUUAAUGAGUGGUUGUGUGUCAAUUAGUCAGUAUAUUCUUGAAUCAUCUUUCCCUUGUAGAAUAGGGCUCUGAUAAGUAUGUGGGAUGCGGCAGGGUUUCUAUUUUGCAGUAGUAUUAAAUUUCUUUUUACAAACGUAUUGUACCAUAAAGUGUGUUAGUGUUUUAUUGCAAAUAAUGAGGUUUGAGGACGUAUAAUUUUGCUAAAGUACGAAUGAAAACAUCACGAUACAAAAAAAAAAAAGGUUAAUUCACUAUUCUUUUCUAACUGGAAGUGCUUUAAUAAGUGUUAGAUGAGCAAAACUUAGCUCACAAUGUGCCAAUCUCUUCUCAAACUUCGAUUUGUUCCUCGUGUACUUCUUUUUGUGCAAGAUUAAAUGAAAUCCUUUGAUUUUCAGACGGAGAAACAAGGAAUCACUUCACUGGAAUAAUGAUUGGUGCCACUUGUGGUGUCAUUUUCAUCGUGCUCAGUCUUCUGGCCGUGUUCCACACUCGCAAGUUGCGGCGCCAACGGGCUCAGAGCCGGAUAUCAGAAGUGGCCAGCACUGUUUCUUUCGACAUCCACCAGGCUAAUGCCCCGCCAGCUUAUGAUUUAGGUAAUGCUGGUAAAUCUAGAGGGAAAUGUGUGAGAUGCGUAUGUUAAACAUCCUGAAGAACUGCCCAUCCAUAUUCGAAAAAAUGUUCUGAAGACCCUUUUGCGUCUUGAUAGAUAACAGCAAUGUCCGUCCAUUCCCUCAGUCCGUUACCUAUAGCGUGUUUCGCAAUAACAGCAAAUUUUGCAAUUAUUCCUUUGCAGUUAUGGCGUCUCCGGAUCUUUUCCCUUCAAAGGAACGCCAACAGUCACGUGGUUACUCCGGUGUUCCACACCUUCAUCGGGAAAUCAGCUAUUUACUGGGUGACCCUGAGUCGGAUGACGAAGAUCUCCCUCCUUAUCCGGGACUUUCCGGUAGGGAUGGAGUGGUGGAAUUUUGUUUUGGUCAACCUUCUGAUGAGAGGAGAAGGUCUCACUCGAAAGAACGUCAUGUGUCUGAAUCGGAACAACCCUCGUGUCAGAUUUCGGCGGUUUGGUACCGACGCUGUUCGACGGAUGCGCCGUCCUCGCCAAUUGUUCGGAACCUCGAGUCCUCUUUGGAAAAUGAAGUGACAACGCUUGAGCGACGGGACUCCAAAGAAACGGUGCAACCUGUAUUCCAGCGAAUGGACACGACUAGUAGUUUUGUGACAGAUGUGUAACUAUUACAGAAGAACCUUCAAGAUUGAAGAGAAUCUCUCUUUCAAGCAAAUAUAUCGAACUCGGAAGCCCUUCGUCUCUACGAAUUUCCAGAGGUUGUUACAGCAGUUAAAGUUGCUUUGAAUGAUAGUAUAAAGGAAAGUACUUUCCAGCUAUCACAUUUGGUUACAUAAUUUGAAUCGCUUUGAAGUUACUGGAUGGGAUUUUUCCCGUUAAGUUUGCGUUGCAGAAUAUUUCGAACUGUUUCGUGUCGCCCAUGGCUUUGUCAGGCUCUCAAUAACAAUCGACAGAGUUUUGUUUUCGCAAUCGUGCUAGCUCGCUUAUAAUUAUUUAAUCAUUUUAUUUGGACCUCAAACGGUUAGAAAUUGGGCUCGUGUUGAAACUCUCACAAGAUAUUACCGACUCCUUUUGCGGCUAGAAUGUAAACUGAGAAGGCGACAAACUCGGAGAGGAAAAGGAAGAGAAAGGGUUACCUGGGAAGGAAAAGGUAGACACCUACACGUCUCAUGUCCUUCUACCAUUGGAGAACUGAAUGGGUUAAAAACUACCUUAAAACUACAAGCUCGUUAGGGAACUUUCCUAUAUGCCCUCAAGUUUCUAGUUUAACGAGAAAGUGUAGUUUUUUGUUGUCGUUGUUUUCGGUUUUGUUUUGCUUGUUUUUACUUUCUCCGUGCGUUUUCUUGUCCUUUUUUUUUUCCAAGCGAAAUUUUGUUCGCAGUUUGCAUCUCUUUCAAAUGCCUUCUUAGUGCACGAAUCUUCUUCAUUACCCGCCUGGUAGGAGAAGCUCCUGAUUUUUGUGCGCGCUCAAGUUUGGUUUUAAAGUUUGUGCUAAAGAAAGAAAAGGAGAUCUUUUAUCUUUUAGACGAUGUAGCAGGGACGUGAUCCCUCUUUCAUUUUUGGCUUUUAUUAAUCGUUGUGCAAUCGUGCCUGCUUUUAACGACACUUUUUUUUAUAAUUAGCGCGCCAUCGCUAGCUGCUGCUGUUGUCUCACUGGAAUGCUUGCCGGUUUGAAGUGCUCGGAAGGAACAUAUAUCUUAAUGAAAUUAUUUUUAGUGAAUCAGAUGUGGCACUAAAUGAGACAAUUUUAUGUCCGGCAUUCAACGAGUUCCCUUAAUUGGGGAUUGAUUAUCAAUUUUUAUUAAAAAUAAACUUUCAACAACUCAGAUUCGUAUAAUUUAAGAGAGACAAAGUUAUUUCGUUGAAAAAUUAUUUACAAAAUAUUGUAAUUACAAUGACUUAUUGAAAUGAAAUUUGUAUCCUUACGAAGUGAAACUUUGGGCUGUAAAUAAAUCACGCUCAACAGAUCUUCGAGUGUUUAUCGUGACGUAAUCAGCGGUGAACUUAAAAAUUUAUCGCCGGGGGCGGGGUAGGGAGGCGGCAUGGUUGUGUCACAAUAAAAUCUACCAAACCCCCUUUCCUUUCCCCUUAAGGCUCUUUGUAUUCUAAUGAUCUCCCUACUUGGUACUCGAUUUUCUAUAAUUCCUCUUUUUACUUCUUUUGGUGAAAACUGAACCCCAUCCGUUUCCCCUUGAAACUAUAUUGCUUGUCUCACGAUGUGGUCUUUUGCGUAGCCUGCACAAGGUGUCCUGUCAGCAAACGGGUUGCUAUGGUUGCGCAGUGAGAAAACCGGGUGGAGAGAGAUUAAGAAACUCGUCCCAAACCACCUUUUCCGCUUAGUCAAUGUGUACGCUGUUCAAAUUUAAACUCCCAUUAUCGUUUUCCAUGCUGUUUACCACAUUUUCUUGAAUUUUAGAUGAGAGAAUAUCUGAAAUCAAACUGUAUCCCAAGGUUUAUGUUUUAUUGCUUCUCAUCACCUUUCUGUUUGAAAUUAAAUGGAUACUGUGAGAAAAAUUUCUUUGUUACUCACUCCGUUUAAGGGAUGAACUGACAAAAAACAUCUGGAACAGGCUCUCAUAUUUUAGGUCAGAAGUGAACAAAUGCGCAGCCUGAAAUUAUCACUGUUGUUGUAUUUCUAAGAUCAUUGCUCACAAUCUUUUCUCUUAGGCAGGUUUCCAGAAUUAUUUUACGUGUACUUGUACGUUUGCUUAAGGUGUCUGUUGAACGGUGAGGUGGAUCAUUUGCACGGUCCUUGGAAGUCAGUCCUUGUUCUUUUUCUUCAUCAUUCUUAAAAUCAGACAAGUUCUUCAACCUUUUCUAUAACGACGUGUAAUUAAUAAUGAUACCAUCUCUCUGAGCCUCAUUGCCCUGCACAAACCCUGGUUGAACCAGGCCUUCUGAUCGUAUCAAUAUACUGCCGUAAUUUGUAGUUUACAUGGAAAACAUGAGGGCAAGGUAGAGGAAUGAAAAGUGUAAGAAAUUUCGAACAAGAAAUCGAUCAAAAAAUUAUUUUCAGACCUGAAUUGCCCGAAAUUACCUGUAAAACUCCACAACAACUACGGUUCACCUCUUUUCAGAUGAGAAGCGAUGCAUGAUGGGUACAGUAACAUGUAAAUAUGGCGUCGAGCGGGAAAGUCGAUGCAUUUGAGAAUAAUAUCUUUAGUGAUAUCUGAGACGGGACAGGUACAACGUGCAAGGUUUGUUUCUUUGAAAUUCCAACCAUUUGAGCUAUUCCCAAUCUUAAAAUUUUCAUUCUAUUCACAAAUCCUGGCAUCUGAUAUGAUUGCUCAUUUGAUUAAUUUUUCCCAAAUUAUUGUUCGUAACUUUUAAACCGAAUUAGUCAAUGAAUAUCAGGGCAUAAAUAAUCGAUAAGGGCUUAUCUUUACUUUGAUCUUACGUCUUGAAUUUUCUAUUCGAGGGAAGACCUGAAUUUCUCGUUUGAAAGAAUCGGCAAUGUUGUAGUUGUUUUAGCCGCCGUCAUGACAACAAAUGAAAAGAGAGCAUAAAUUACGAGGACUAUCGUAUUAUUAUUGAAAUAACACUUGGAUUUCAACUCUUGUGCUGCCCUCUUUAAUAAGUGACACCAUAGUAUCAACAAUUGAAAUUCACUAUUACAGACAUCAUUUACUGUAUACAACGGAAAUCUGGAGAAUGUUUAGAGUGGACAGCAUAUGACAACCUCUCUCUUCUGAAAUUUGUUUUGUCGCCAAUUUUUCUCUUCAUCGAUUGAAAGCCCCUUAAAUUGAUGCAGAUUUUCCACAAUCAAAUAAGAAUUGGCCAAAAAAUUACUAUCUCUGAAAAGGUAACCAAUUAAAAUUCCUUUAAAGUGGAGAGUAGAGUUUACAUAACUUCAUCUCCUCUGUAGAUAAACAAAUCCAUAUUCACUUAUCUUUGAGAUUAAGUAAAGUAUAUAGAGCGCUGGGAGAUAUUUUUAUGCAUGUCCAGGAGACUCCUGCAUUUCACAUAAUGAGGUAGUGUAAUUAUUCUGUAAAUGCUAAAAUAAGUCCUUAGGGGGCUCAUUCACUGUGAGACCUCCCAAGAGGGAACAUUGGUGGAGAGUGGGGCUUAGUUAUGAGAAAGUGAUGUGAGUUGAAAAUCCAGAAAUGAAAGCCAAAUUUGAGCCAUUAUUUUCAUCGGCCUGUCCCCCGCCAUUUAGUGAAUGCUGCUUGCAGUGUGGAUUUUUUAUGGUUAGGACAGACACUUGCAACAAAGGCCUUCAAAUACAAGUACACCAUUAAUGUAACCCUACCCAGCCCAAAUGUAUGAAAAUACAUGACUAGAGUUUUUAUUCAGCUAAGAAAGGAAGAAAUGGGCUUAUGAGGGUGAAGGGGGGGGGGGGGAAUUUAUUGCUCUUGUCAUCUAGAUGAUAGACUUGGCAAAGGAGGCAUAAUGUCUGAGAAGGGAGUCUUUGGUCAGUGGUUGUGGUACAAGCUAUAAUCAGGCUGAUAGGACUUGGUGUCUCUGAAAUUCCAUUGAUUUUUAAUUUUUCACUACCUAUGUAUGGAGCAUGGAAGUGGUGUUUAAAUUAAUUAUGAUUUAAUACAGUAGAUACAAUUAACAAUUAUUCCAUGAUAGUGCACUGGAUAUAAGAUGGUUAAUAGCCAGUGAGGUGCAUAGUGUUGAUUUGACUAUAACCAAUCUUGUAUUAGAUGCACAAUCAUGGAAUAAGUGAAAAUUCAAUAAGUUUAUGUCUUGUCCCUAGUGAAUCAGAAAUUCCAAAGUAUGGGAUGUGGGUCAAGUGCUCAUCAAGUAGAAGUUGAUGAAGCAGAGGAAAGAAAUGAUGUAGAUCCUUACAAGAAAGCAACAAAAUCUGGUGAGGAGACAUUUAAUGUGAACUUGUUUUUUUCAAUGACACCGAGGAGAUAUAUAUAUAUAUAUAUAUUUAUAUUUUGUUGUAACACUGGGAGAUGAAGUUUAUUUCUAAGUGCUGAUGAUGAAUCAUCUUUUACCAAGUGAUCAUGGGGAAUGAGUAAGAGACACAAUCAAUUAGUGCAAGAGGAUGAAUUGAAUAUUGCCAGUGUUUAUGGCUUGUUCAAAGUACACUGUAUAUCAUAUCAAUUGGGUGUCCAUUGCUAUCUAUUCAAGCCCUUACUGGCGCUGCUGUUUGCAUCUUGUGGUUAAUAUAUAAUUAUGAGCCGGUUUGGUGUUAAAAAGGAGUGGAAAAAAUAUCCAGCAUGUACAUGCUGAGUGUUAAGUUUGCUUUGUACUUUUCAAGAGAAGACAGAGGUGUUUAUAUCAAAGAAAAAAUGCUGGUGAACACACAAGUGUUAUACUUUGUUAACUUAUCUAGUGUUCCUUAAGAUUCCCAAAAGUUAACAAUUUUAAUGAGGAAUAGGUCAUUUAUAUCUUGGAAGCAGAGUGCCUUGAAUUGAACAAGUUUGUAAGCUGAGCAUAAUUCACAUAUUUAUGAAAUUAGAUGAAUAUGCUCAUUUUUGUUGGAAAUUCAAUCCUACACUGCCAAUCUAAGUGAAGCACUUAUUUUGAUAUGAUUAUUUUGUGACAUAUUAUGUGUUGUCAGUUGGGAGAGCUGGUUUUGGAAAGGAGCAAGACUUAGUAAAUGCAGCCUCAACAGAAGAGAAAGAGAACUCAAGGGAGCAAGAGAAACAUGUCUCUGGUGAAGUAUUAUCUGAUAUACAAAAUAUUUCUACAACUUCUGCAAAGACAGAGCAGGCAAAAUCAGGGGAGAAAUUUGUUAAAAAUGACAUCAUAGAGGACAAUGAAAGUGGUGUUGUUAAGGGAGAUGAUAUCCCUAAUGGAAAAGAUGAAGAUGGUAGUUCAGGGCAGACAAAUCAGGUUACAGAUAGAGAUGGUUUAUGUAUAGUUUCCGCUGGCAUGGAUCAAAGCAAUGAAAAUUCUGAGGUCCAUGUUACUCCUCAGGCUGGGACUAGAGAUUCUGGUCCUGCCAAAGAUGGCUAUAGUAGUAGAGGUGGGGUAAAGAAAACAUCCCAGAAUGAAACAAAUGAUUCAUUUACCCAAGUUGUUGCAACACCCAACCAAAGCUUUCAAGAAAAUAAAGACUCUUUUGCCAACGAAAUAUCUGUACUGGAAACUGACUCAGAGUUAACAAAUGGUACAAUUACUACAACACACCAAACAGCGGAGAGUACUGAUCUUAAUCAGUUGAAUGCUAUUGAGGUGACUGACUCUGAAAGCAAUCAAGAAAGUACAGAACGUACCAAAGAAACGUAUAAAGAUCGUGACAGUGAGUUAACACAUGGUGCGGCUGCUACAGAUCAAACAGCUGAAAAUACUGAUCUUCAUCUGUCAGAAAAUCAGUUGGAUGCUGUGAAAGUGACUGAAUAUAAAAAAAUUCAAGAAAGUAAUGUGAAAGAAGCUACAGAAGCAUCAUUUGAAGAGGAAAUGAAGUUAAGAAAUGUAGAGGAUAAAUUAGAUGUAGCCGAGGUGACUGAUCCUAAAGGUAUUCAAGAAAAUGAAGAAUCCUCUACCCAAAAGAAAGACAUAGAAAAAAGGACAACUGAGUUAGAAAAUGGUGAUAUUUGUAGGGAACAAACUGCUAAGAAUGCUGAUAUUUAUCCUUCAAUAAAUCAAGAUAUUGCUGAAGUUAAGGAUCCCCUGCUUUGUGGCAACUUGAACAAAGCUGUGACAAGUAAAAAUGAAAGUGACCGAGGGGAAGUUCUACAAAUAUUGAACCAUGUGUCAGGUGUACAAGCUAAUGAAAAUAUCCAAGGUGGCCAAGGAAAUUGUGCCACGGAUAAGAGUGAAAAUGAUGUCAAAAUAUAUCUGUCAGAUGGAAAUGUCACAUCAGCUGAAAGUCUCUCAGUUGUUGGUGAAAUGAGCAGUGUUGAAACAGAAGCACAAGAUUCUGCGCUUUUUCGAGACGUCAUUGCCGAAAACAGGCUCACUGCAGCACUACGUCUUUCCUGCAAGUUAUCACCUGGACAUCUUGUGAAAGAUCUUAAUGUCAUGGGUGUGAAGUCAGUUCAAUUGAUGCGUUCACUCUCACCAGGGGUUGUGACUGUUGCAGAGCUGAUACAAAAGCUUGUUCACUUGACGGAACUUGAUUUAUCAGGAAAUCUUAUUGGACCUCAAGGAUUUCGUGUUAUUUGUUUGGCUCUCAGAAGGAAUGCAACUCUUAAGUCUUUGAACUUGGCAAACAACUUGGCAGACACUGAUAGUUCUGUAAGUAUUGGAAUCUUUUUUUUUAUCAGCUAUUAUUUACUAGAUUACUAAUUCUUUGCGAAACAAAAAUAUGUUAUUAACAUCUAAUGGCAACCUUCAUCAACUAUCAUAAAUUUGGUCAGGAAUCCCACAGAGCCAAAAGCAUUUCGUUUAGUUCUGGUUGAUUUCGACACAGCUUAUCUCAUGACAUAAUAUAAAUUUAUUUCGGCGAUUCAAAUUUACCCAAACCUUUUUCUUAUUUCUUUUUUUUGUUAAGGUUUUUGUUCUCACAAAAUUAUUUUAUUAUAUAAUAUGUACAACUAACGACAUUCUCCCACAAAUGCCAACUUGUCACCAGCAAAAACAUUAACCUCCAUGUAAUGGUGUUGUAAAGGUCCAUGUUUUGUUUGUUUGAUAUAGAUGAGCAUAAUCAGCUUUUUGAAAUAACCUUGAUAAGUGAGUGUGAUGUUUUCUCUUCACGCGUAAAGGACUGUUUAGGAGAAAUGCUGUCUGUCAACUCCACUCUGGAGAGACUGGAUGUUUCUGGGAAUAACCUUGGGAGUGAUUACUUUUCGCGAUGUGUUGGACCAGCAUUGAUGAGCAACAAAUCUCUAAAGGUGUUAAAGUUUACCAGUUGUGGAUCAAAUGAUGUGUCUGCCAUUUGCGAGGCAAUGGUAGAAGCAAAUACAACAAUUGAGGAACUCGAUGCCAGUAAUAAUCACAUUGGAGCUGUGUUUGGAGAGGGGUUGUUAAAAAUCUUGCAGGUAUAUGUACAUCUAGGCAUAUUAGUGGUAUUAGCAUACUAACGGCAGAAUUCUGGUUCACUCUUAAUUUUCUGGGUCGUUUAAAGAGCGAAUAUCGCUAUUCAACGGAGAAAUCGUUAUCCUGCGCAUUUCAGUGUUAUUGAAAAGUUCAUGUGUUGCAUAUUGUUAUGGAAACUCAUAUCAUAAAUUUAUAGACGUUUGGAUACAUGUACAGUGGAUGUGUUUAUAAUGUUGAAUGGUAUCGUGAAUAAGUCUUAUAAUAUAGUGUUUGCUGUUUGUCACAGAAACCAGGUUGUCGCUUGCGACAUCUUGAUGUCCAUGGAACGAGCCUUGGAAACGAUGGAAUGGCAGCACUGCGGAAAGGAAUUCAAAAUAACAACUCUCUCAUCAGUGUGAAUGCAGCUGGGCACCAGGUAAGUUUACCUAUAUCACGCAAAAAACUAAAUUUUUGCACUGAAUUUACUGAACGCUGUGAUUACAAUUUUCACGGGGAAAAAAACGAUUCGUGUGCUUGGUUCACAAUAAUGCACUUGUGUAGUCAUUUACAGGGUUGUCAGUUAACAGUGAGAGUGGAGUCAUUUUCUCCGAACUUCACACCUCUGGGCUAACUUUGACAUCAUCUAAUUAGACCGUGAUAUUUUGUGAUAUUGAAUGGUGCAACUUGGGACCAAAAAAGGCGACAAUCAGUGUACUGCAUUUGUUCAUCAUGGAUGUUUUUUUUCAAACCACUGGUAAAAAAAUUAGAGUAAAACGUACAUGACUUAUCAGUUUACACGAACUGAAUUUAGAAUACGUGACUGACGACAACUCUUCAAUCGACUCUGGUGAUGACUUCCGUUCAGGCGUUACUUCCGGGUCCAAACCAUAUACUGGAGAGAGCAAAGGAAGCUAUUGUUUGUCUAACAUUUGCGAAGACCAAUUAAUUUUUCGCUGUAUUGUGCAACAGGAAAAAAAUUACCUUUAAGCACGAUCUCCACAUUUUGUUUGACUGUUCGUGGACUUUUCACGAGAUCCAGUAAAUUUUGAGAAUUCUUCUGGCUUGUUGAUUUUUUAUUUGCCAUCACCAAGCUGCCGCUGAGUUCACACGUAUCUUCAGAUUGGCUAAUGCAUGUUAUUUCUCGACUUGUCUAAUGUCCAGGUGUCUUGUCUGUCAUUUCUCAUGGAGUUUUUGUGGAGCUGUAUUUGUCAUCCUUCUUUGGAGGAGCUGGUUCUUGACGGAACCAAAAUUGGCGAACGGGAUGAAUGGAAACCAUCAGGUCUUGCUCUCUGUUUGCAACUUUCAGUACUUUACAGUGUAUUUGAGCUUUCUUAUUUUGUUAUAUCUACCGAUCUCGUGCUGUCUAGGGUGUUUUAGAGUCUUUGCAUUUAUUUGUAGGUGAGAUUUGUGCUAAACUCGAAUGUCAGUCUUCUGGCAUGGGAAAUAGUUCUUAACGGUUUGCAUUCAUAGUCGCAGUAACUGUUCUUGAUUGGCAACUAUUCAUCCCCAGACUUACAUCUUGUCUUACUUUCACUUUUGAAUGCAUUGUAACCAUAUAGGUGUGAUUGAGCUGGAAAGAAGUUCGAAUCUGAAAAAGCUACUUAUAUCAGGAUGUUCGCUGACAAAUCAAGCGUUAGGGACUUUGGCAGAAAACGCUCAGGGAAAAUUAAAUCAGCUCUUUUCCUUGGAUUUGUCCAGCAAUGAUCAGCUUACCACAAAGUGUUUAUCAAGCAUUUGCGCCUUGACCUCCUCUGGUAAUUGUCUUGGUUAUUGAUAAAGACCGUUUUACCUGUGAGAGAUUAUUUUCCCUGUCUGUCAAAUAUCCUUUAUUAUAGAAUUCUAAACAAACAGAACUUUGGAAUUAAUUUCCCAAGCCUCCCCUCUCAAAGCAGUGGCAAAACAUGUAAAUCUGUGACAUACGGUUUAGCAUCUAGACCCAAAGCCCUGCAUCUGCCCUUCACACUUAGAUGCCCCCAUAAAGCUCGAUGACACAUCGUAUUUUUGAAAGAGACGUGAUCUUCGAAUGGUGGACAGCCAGUUCUGUGAGAUUUCAUUUCUUAUGUAAUUUUGGCCAUACCCUUACUAACUGGCGACGGUAGGUGAAUGAAAUCGCUGUGAGACAAUUAAUUGAAGGUUUCUUUUUGCCUUUAAACGGGGAAACACGAAGGAAAGGGGAUGUUAUUCGAUUAAAUUUUUUUCUGUUCAACCCUAUCUUACAUUAGGCGACGAACUGGUUUUAAUUUUUCCAUUUUUUGCUUCUGUAGAUCAAAGUGUACAUUCCUUGUGUGCCGUUGACUUCUCGUUGAAUGUUGCUGAUGAUAUCGCCGGCGAAAUCGUAAACCUUCCUCAACUUAAAAACCUCAAAUCGCUGCUUCUAAAGAAAUGUAGGAUUUCACCAAAUUUCAUCGCUGAUCUUUCUAAGCUCGUUGCCGCGACAACGCCUGAAGUCCCACUUAUUUCCUCCCUGACAUUGGACGGAAUCAAACUGUCAGGAACAGAUGCUCUGAAAAGAAUGUUGGGAUUGUCAGACAUGUUUAUACCCAUAACUCCCUGCAGCUUUGAGUUGUUGUCGCUUAUAGGGUGUGGGUUGAACGAUAGAGACGUGAAACCGCUGAUGACUGCAAUAGGGAAUGGACUGAUUAUAAAGGAAUUGAGAUUGGCGGCAAACAGGAUCACAGACACAUCGGUUAACAACUUGUUGGAAUCUACUGGAAAUUCGCUUUCUCUUGAAACCCUGGAUCUGUCAAUAAACAAGGUUUGCAUGUAUUUAUAAAUUGCUUUUAUUAUGAAACACUAAUUGAAACAACUGUUUUAUUCGUUAGAUUCGAAACGGCGGCGCUGAGAAACUAGCUUGUGCUUUAGCUGACAAACUGGCAAACCUGAAGAGCUUGUUUAUGGGCGACAACUGUAUCGGCAGGGAAGGGAUACUUGCUUUGGUUGGCAAAAUUGGUUCCGGCACUCAACUGGGAGUUUUAAACCUCAAAAGUCAGCAACAAGCUUUGGGAGAAGAAGAUGUGGAUCAGAUAAUGGAACGGCUGGCAGAAGCACUUGGUACAUGCCUGUUCAUAUUUUAUUACCUAACAUCAUAAUUUUGUUCUUGUCAUAGUACCCUGGCAGUUUAUUUUCUUCGUCUCCCCUGUUGAUAUGUUACGCUUUUUCUUUUAGUGUUCUUGCACUAUUCAUUUCGUUUAGAUAAUUAUUAAUUUGAUGUAAGAUAAGGAAUUACUGAAGUAUUAUUAUCGUGCUAGGAUUGUACGUUAACGUGCAUGGCACCCUACAACCAGUGGCAGCGUGUCUGUGAAAUAACUGGCAAGCGGCCUUGUCUUAUACUUUUCAGGAUUCGACCCGCAGAGUAGUGACCCUCCUACGUCAGACGUUUUUGUACCACCCUCAAACUUCUCAGUCAACCUCACCGGACUUGGGGGUGAACCUGGUGAACUGGGACCGAAACUGGACAGUCUGGCCGUCCUUACAGACUACAGCUCAAAACAUCGUAGGACUUUGACACUUGAUGAUGCAUUGCAGCUGUCUGUGGCUCUCUCCCAAACGGAAAACACGAGAUCUCAGAUGAGUCAAGGCGACUGGAACCGAGUCAUCAGCGCUGACAAAGACGCACCAGGAUGGUUGCAAAUCUCGUCACAGCGGGCAUGUGCGAUAUAUGUUAGUAAUCUGCCGCUGAGCGUGACUGCGGAGAAAUUGGAAGGGCAGCUGGAUAGUGAAGCGGAGUGUAACGUCGUGGAAGUCUAUUUGCUAAAGGUUUAAACUUCUAAUUGUUUAUUAGGCUGUAACUCCUCUAUUUAACUGUAAAGUGUAGUAUUUAUCAAAUGUAGGGGACUUCGGACAGAACGAAAAAAAAAUUCCCUUUCAGUAAGAAUUGUUUCCUAUACCUCAGAAGAGCCAAAAUCAUUGAAGCUUCAUUUUUAAAAUCAAGACGGUUUUUUCGGACAGCAGGUCUGUGUGUCCGUUCAGCCGUCAAUCAGUGAGUCAGUGAGUCAGUUGUCAGUCAGUGAUUUAGUUAGGUAAUUUAGUGUUAACAACUGGGUUGAAAACGUAAAUUAGCCACCGUAAAGGGUAAAAAAGCUGACGUUUCGAGCGUUAGCCCUUCGUCAGAGCGAGUGUAUCGCUCUGACGAAGGGCUAACGCUCGAAACGUCAGCUUUUUUACCCUUUACGGUGGCUAAUUUACGUUUUCAACCCAGUUGUUAACACUAAAUUACCUGCUAUACUCUCCCACGGACGCAGCACCACAGUUUCUUUAGAAACUUACCCCUUUAUUCAUUAGUGAUUUAGUUAGUCAGUCAGACGGUCAGUCAGUUGUCAGUAAGUGAUGUAGUCAAUUAGACAGUCAGUGAUGUAGUCAUUCAGUCAAACAGUCAGUCGAUAAGUCAGUCAAUCAGCCGGUAAAUCGGUCAGUCAGUCAGUCAGACAGUCAGGUAGUCAGUCGGUCAGUCGGUCAGUCGGUUAGUCUUACUGAUUAAAGAUUACUCUUUUGAGUACCUAGAAAUAGGGGCUAACAUAUAUUUUUUGUAAUUGUAUUGGGAGUAUUCUUCUUCCUCUCCAAUCUGCCUAUUUUUUCUGUGAAUCAGGAUCAGAUUCUCAGGAAACCAAAUGGCUUAGCCUGGGUGUUAUUUGCAGACGCUGAGUCUGUUCAAAGGGCAGUGGAAUACUACAACUCUGGCCAAGCUUUCAUGUACGGGACACCAUUUGUUAUCUCCUCCGUAAAUGUUGAUGUGAUUGCUGAUAAUGACAUGGAAGAAAAUGCUCUGGCUAAGGCGAGGUUUGUAUUUUUGAUUGUGUCUUUAACAAUGAAAACAUUUAAUUAUGUCUUGACUUUCUUCGUACAUUUCUCUGUCUGUGGCCAAGCGCUAGGUAUGUUACCAUAAAUGACCUGUCUCUUCUAAACACGAGGAAGGUUAAAAAACUAAACACAGCUAUACAAAACCACCACGCAGACGAGCGUUUGCUUAAUUAAGCACGCCUAUCGACCGAUGUGAGUGCGUUGUAUUUCGAUUUCUAUCGACCGAUUUCCAUUCAAUCGUAGGACGCUAUUUAACGCUAACUUGCAGCGCUUGAUAAGACAUUGCAGUGCAAGUUAAAGAAAUUUUAUUUCGAUGAGAUAUCUUUUAUUUUAUCAUUUCAUUUACAGACAAGAGAUGAAUCAACGUGCUAGAGAUCGCAAAGCAGAUCAAACUGUUCAUGCGCAGCUCGUUCAGUCAAACUACAGCGAGAGUCUUGCCCGUCAUGAGUAUGCAGCCCAGCACCCCGCGUACGCUGAUGGCCGAGUGUGGUGAGGGACUAGUGACGACAAGAAUAUUGUGCUCUAGUUACAUUUAAAGCGAUUCUGGAGAGUUCAGACCCUUCUCCUUAAGAAUGUUGUCUUUUAAACGUCUUAUUGAUGUUCGAUUUAUUAAUACUUUCCGCGAGGUGGUUUAGCAACAACUCCUUGAGUUGUACUGUAAAUCGUUUCACCUGCUAUCGAUGGUUUCCCAUCGGUUCGUUCUUAUGGAUACAGUUAAAGAGGCUGGUAAAGUUUGGCAGCCCCCUUUUUCGACUCAUAAACAAAUUUACGACGAAUUUGUUCAAAAAAUUAUUAAGGUGUAAAGCGCACAUUUUUCACAAGGAUAUUUGUCCAUCCAUUCUGCAUUCUGUGAGUGUUCAAAAGUAGAUUCACUGAGUGAGCAUUUUAAAUGCUAUGUCAAGUAGUGUAACAGCAAUUUUUUUGGGGUCAAUUUUCACGAGUGUUGUUGUAUUAUAGUUGUUACUCUGCAAGGAGAAUAAUGGCUUUUGGUUUUACAUGAUAUUCCACGAAGAGGGUUUGAAAAAUUAUUUAUUUUACAUUUGUAUUUUGAUGUUGGAUGAAGGUUAUAAUUUUUUUUUACCCAAAGUUUUGUCUUCAUUUAUGGACUACAGAGUAUUUAUUUUUCUGAAAUUUCAUCAUCCG